UAUUGCUCCAUAUCUCGUCCAUUCCAACGCACCGCACUCAGGUAUGUCCAGCGUGCUCACCUGGGGAGCAGGGCUGGUGGGGGCGUGGCUCCCCACCUUUCUGGUGGUUCUGUUUACCACCGUCCUCGUUCUCAACGUCUUUGGAAGGAGACCCAAGAAUUUUCCACCUGGAAUGAUGAUCCUGCCCGUGGUGGGUUCCCUCCUGUCCAUGCCGCGGGGCCCCACCAUGGAGAUGCUGCGUGGUCUGAGGAAGAAAUACGGUGACAUAGCAAGCUUCGGAAUAUUCGGCAACAGAGUGGUGGUGGUGAGCAGCACCAGCCUACUGAAGGAGGUGUUCGCCUUGAGGGCCACGGCUGACCGCCCAGAAAUAGUGUUCACCACUGUGAGGAACAGAAUCCUCACAGACAACCGCAUAUCGGAUAUUGGUGUGGUGGGAACUAAUGGACAGAUAUGGCAGGAGCAGCGUCGCUUCAUGCUUCACCACCUGCGUGACUUGGGCUUCGGCAAGAGCAGCUACGAGCCCGUCAUGGUGGAGGAGAUUGCAGAGUUGCUGGACGACUUGGAGCGGGAAGAUGGUCGGCCCCUGCAAAUGAAGUAUCUCUUCAACCGCUCAGUGAUCAACAUCCUGUGGGCGAUGGUGAUGGGGCGGCGCUACCACUACGGCCACGCUAAACUCAACAAACUCAUGGCGACCUUCAUCAAACCCGCGGACUUCAACGAUCUCUACCCCAUGUACCAUCUGCCAUACAUCCUGGAGAUCAUGAAAUACUUCCCCUUUAAGAAACAGGCCAUCAAGGGAAUCAGAGACAUGCACUGUUUCCUUAAGGAGGAGCUCAAGGAGUUCAUGGCUGACGAAGAGCUCAAGAAGGGCGAUAACUUCACGGCACUCUACCUGAAGGAGAUAGAGAAAAAAGAGAAUCCAAACUUCAACAUGGACCAGUUGAUGGGCGUGAUGUUUGACCUGUUCGUGGCUGGCAUGGAGACCACCUCCAGCAGCCUCACUACAAUCGUCCACUUGAUGACCAAACACCCACACGUGCAACGCCGCGUGCAGGAAGAACUGGAUGAGGUGGUGGGCAGAGAUCGUCUCCCUUCCUUCUCUGACAUGGAACGUUUACCUUACGUGCAGGCAACCAUUCACGAGGCUCUGAGAAUACUGAACCUGAUCAAACUCUCCCUACCGCAUAUGACCGCUGAGGACUGCAAGCUUGGCGGCUACGACAUCCCCAAAGGAACCUGGCUGAUGGGUAACCUGGACGACGCUCACAGGAACCCCGAAUACUGGAAGAACGCUGGUACCUUCGAUCCUCAGAACUUUCUGGAUGAAAAUGGAAAAUUCAAGAAGAACAACGCCUUCGUGCCCUUUGGCGUGGGUAAACGUGUGUGUCCCGGCGAGCCCCUGGCCAGACUGGAGCUCUUUCUGUUCUUCAGUCACCUGUUCCAGCGGUUCACCUUCACAUUGGUGGAGGAACACAGACCACUCAUAGAAACCAACCCAAUGUUCAACACCCCGCCGGACUACACUGCCAGAGCAAAGUGCCGCACGAAAUAAACCUCAGCGUGACUUCAAUAAGCAGGAUGCCCUCACUCAUGUACCAAUCAAUGAAAAUGCACAUGAAAUCAUAAUA